AAACUGCAUCGUAAGGCUAAGUCAAGUCAAAUUUAUGUAGUUCAUGUCCAAAGAUCUGUGUUAACGGAGGAAACAUUGGCAAGAAUCCAGGUUCUUCAAGAACAAGUUAAUAAUGUUCUUAGUUCUUAUACCUCAAUGUCACAAAGCUACUUUCACAUGUAUCGACCGUGAAAUAAGGCACCAUCUUGUUACAAACAUCUUCGUUUUGCUCAUCCACAAACUCCUACUGGUAAAAUGAAAACAUAUUGUUAAACAAUAUCUUGAAGAUAAAAUCUCAUACUCAUAUUCAGUAACGUGCUAUAUAUAGGCCAGCUUGUAUGUAAAUGUACAAUAAAAGUUCUCAUGACUCUCUAAUCACGAAUUACUAGUCAUGUGAUUUCUAGACAAAGAUCAUAACGUAACUCGCCAACUAAAAAAAAUCGUGCUUUCAUAACAUAAUUAGCCCAAAUCAAGAAAAUUCGUUGGACUUAUUUAUUCUUUUAUAAUUCAUUUAAUUAUCAAAUUAAACUAAUAAUAAAAGCUUUGUCUUUUAUUUACAAAUUACCUGAAGGCAAGAGUGUUAUUAACAGAAAGUUAGUCUUGAUUAGGGAUUACUAUAACCGUCAAUUCAAAUAAUUUUGAUAUUAUGUUGAUUCAGAAGAGUUGACGCUUACAAGUCUGAAAGUCUGAUUAAAAAGAAAUCGUUAGGCUAAGUCAACUUUAUGUACGAGGGCGGCGCAAUCGACAAUGUAAUGAUGUAUGGUUCAUUGUCAAUCUAGAUUCUUGAAGAACAUGCUAAUGUUCUUACACCAUUCAUUCCGGUUUAUGUGAUACACUUCAUUUUUAGUCAGUUUAAAAAAGAAUGACACACUUUUGAAUUUGGAAACAAUUAACUUUACACUUCUUAUUUUACCCUUAAUGAGAAGCUUUUAUAACUACACAAAUGUUAUGUCAUAUUUAAGAUCACAAGUUUUAGAAGUUCAAUAUCCAUACAAAUGCUAUCACAUGUUUGAGACCAGAGUUUCAAAAGUUUUCUUUUCUUUCUUAAACUCCGUCCCGGUUCAAACUAUGUCAUACAACUUGAAACGGAGGGAUUAGUUCUGAAACUCCUUACUUGUAAACUGCAAAUAUAUUGUUAAACAAUAUCUUGAAGAAAAAGAUCUUACAUUUCUCUGUACUUUCUGCAAUUUUAAAGCAGUGAAGCAUAUUCAGUACUGUAUUAUAGGCAAACUUGUUAAUGUGAUUAAAGCACUUCAUGACCCUAUAAUCACGGACUACUGGGCAUGUGAGUUCUAUUCGGAUCUGCCAGGGAAAUUGUCAACUCCCUUUAUUAUACAGGGUUGCAAGCCCCAAAGCAUUGACUAAAGAUCACAAACUACUUUUUAAAUGCAAGUUUCUCCUUCAAGAUUUAGUUAGAAUGAAUGAACAGAAGCUAUAUGGAGUAUUUUAACGGCAACUAGCAGAAAAUAAAACAUGAACUAAAAGAAGACUGGAAAGAAUUUCCUUGGCUUACUCUAUAAGAGGCCAAGGGAGAAGACAAACUAGGCCAUCUUGAGCUUCAUCCGACUUGCAAAAGGGAAAAUGAGUAACCUAAAAAACAAGUGGUUUUUCACUGUUGUGACACUCUUCCUAGCUGGUCUAACAGAGAUCAAUGGAGCAGAACACAUAACCUGCACCAGCAGGAAAAGCAAAUGCUUUCUGAAACAUUUAUAUUGCCCUGCAGAAUGCCCAACAGCAUCUCCAAGUGACCCGAAGGCUAAAGUUUGCUAUCUCAACUGUAAUUCUCCAAUGUGCAAGCCUGAAUGCAGAAACAGGAAGGCGAAUUGCAAUCACCCCGGAGCAGCAUGCUUGGAUCCUCGCUUCAUAGGUGGAGAUGGAAUUGUCUUUUACUUCCAUGGCAAGAGCAAUGAGCAUUUCACCUUAGUUUCAGAUCUUAAUCUCCAGAUUAAUGCCCGUUUCAUUGGUCUGCGACCUGCUGGUAGACCCCGAGACUAUACAUGGAUUCAAGCUCUCGGAAUCCUCUUUGACACGCAUGGUUUCUCAGUGGAGGCUACCAAGGCAGAGUCUUGGAACGACGAAGUUGAUCAUCUGAAAUUCUAUUAUGAUGGAAAGGAGUUAGGCUUACCAGAAGGCUAUCCGUCUAUAUGGGAAUCCUCCGAAAGCAGCAUUAAGGUAGAAAGAACUUCAAACAAGAACGGUGCUUUGAUUACACUUCCAGAUGUUGCAGAAAUCUCAGUUAAUGUAGUACCUAUUACCAAAGAAGAUGACAGGAUCCACAACUAUCAGAUACCUUCUAAUGACUGCUUUGCUCACCUGGAUGUGCAGUUCAGAUUCUAUGGCCUCUCAACAAAGGUUGAAGGCGUUCUUGGCCGGACUUAUCAGCCAGACUUCAAGAAUCCAGCAAAACUAGGUGUUGCAAUGCCUGUAGUGGGAGGUGAAGACAAGUACAGAACUUCAACCCUUUUAUCUCCCAAAUGUAAUUCUUGUAUCUUCUCUCCAGCUGGAGUUUUGAAAGAAUCAGACCCACUAGUCAUGGAUUUUGGGACUUUAGAUUGUACUGGAGGAUCAAACAAUGGCCGUGGAAUAGUUUGCAGAAAAUGAGGACCCAAUUGGAUUAUAUUUCUUCUUUGUUUCAAUUGACAAAAGUUGUCACUUGCAGAAAAUAAAAAGCUUUAUGUUCAACCAAUCUACAUUGAAGCACGGAUUUGCAAUUUUCAUUUUGAGUUGUUGUAUGUUUAUUUCACAACCAAGUUUUUUCCCUCAAGGACAAAUGAUACAGAUAUGCCCUAGUUCAGAACGACAAAUU